AUGAAUUAUUUUAUCAAACGAUCAAAAUCGCUUGAUCUGAACUUAAUUCCAAGGGAAAGUUAUCUCGGACGAUGGUCACGUGAAACUACACCAAGAGAUUCUCAGCAACGCUACGAGCGUAAUAUUCGACGUUCAUACACGCCAGCACGUGAAAUUGGCUCAUUUAAAGUAAUCGAGGAUGAUCGAUUACCACGUACGCCUCAUCGAGCACGUACCUCACUUGGCAUUAUCACUACACCAUAUCAUACUAAUAUCAAUUACUAUCAAGAACAGUUACCUAUACGGAAAUAUGAUAUUUUUAGCGUUCGUACGUGGGCUUAUCCUAUUUAUAAGUAUUUACACAGUCGUGAUUUGGCACCCACGCGACCGUACUCAUUUACACGUAUUUAUGGGAAUACAUCGACGUACACACCGCCAAUGCUUGCUGCUGAAACACGUAGAUUAACACAGCGACGUAACUAUACAGGUUACACGUAUAUUGGAGCCGAACAUAGCUAUGAUAUAGCAUCACGUCCUAAUUCACUUGACAAUUAUCACUUUUGGCGAUCACAUAUACCUAGUUCAUCAUUGUAUACAUCUUAUUAUGGUAAUAGCGGUUUACGUCAUUACAAUAGCUAUCGACCACGUACUUUUAUCAGUCGUUUAUCAAGAUAUUGGGCACCAUAUUUUUAA